AUGCCCCUCCACCCAUUCGAUCCCGUCACGCCAGACGAGAUCAGGUUCGCGGCGCGGCUCCUAGGGGCGGCUUUCCCAGGGGUAGAACUGCGGUACAAUAGAAUUGAUACCACUGAGCCCGUCAAGAAUGAAGUACUACCAUAUAUCGAGGCUGAACGGCUGAGAAAGCCUUUGCCUCCCAAACCAGCCCGUCUUCUGUAUUCGUACUUCCACCGUCUUGACAAUGGCGUUUGCUGCAAGGCAUUGAUCAAUGCCGACAAGAAAUCAAUUAUCUAUGUGAAGGAAUUGCCAGAAGGGGUGCAGCCACCAAUGGAUGUCGAUGAAUUGGCCGAGAUUGAACAGAUCUGCAUGGAGACCCCAGAAGUCCUAGCUGAGAUUGAGAAACUCAAUCUACCGCCUGGCAUGUCUGUUUGUAAUGACCCUUGGAUGUACGGUACCGAUGACCCCAGUGAGAAGCGCCGGCUCUUCCAGUGCUUCAUGUACAUGGUUGAGGUGGACCACCCGGAAAAUAAUCAUUAUUCGCUACCGUGCAAGUUUUGCCCGGUGUUCGACGGUGCCACAAAGAAGUUGGUCCGCAUGGAUUUUCUUCCAGGGGGUGCAGAUACCGCUACCACCGAGACCCAGCCCUGGAAGCCUGUUAAAACAAUCCAAUACGCACAUGAUCUUCUGGACGAGCCACUCCGACAGGAUUUGAAACCAUACAUUGUUCAACAACCGGAAGGCCCCUCGUUCUCCGUGGACGGCAACUCGAUCUACUGGCAGAAGUGGCGAUUCCGUGUCGGAUUCAAUAACCGCGAGGGUCUUGUCAUCCACAACGUGACAUAUGACAAUCGUAAUGUUUUCUAUCGCCUCUCGGUCUCGGAGAUGACGGUUCCCUAUGGAGACCCUCGAGCCCCUUAUCACCGCAAACAGGCCUUUGACGUUGGGGAUGUCGGUUUUGGCCUCAAUGCCAACCAGCUGUCGUUGGGAUGUGACUGCCUCGGUCACAUCAAGUACUUCGAUGGUUAUAGGGCAGACGCCAAGGGAAACCCAGUCCUGUUGAAGAACGUUAUUUGUGUGCACGAACAAGACAAUGGCCUCCAAUAUAAGCAUACAAAUUAUCGGACAGGAACUGCUAGCGUUUCUCGCAACCGGCAGCUCGUUCUUCAGAUGAUCUGCACAGUCGCCAACUACGAGUACAUCUUUGCCUACAUUUUUGACCAGGCAGCCAAUAUUGAACUUGAAGUCCGGGCGACUGGAAUUCUAUCAACAGUCCCCUUUGACAAUGACAACGGAGAAAAAGUCCUCUGGGGUACCAAUGUUGGCCCUGGAGUGAUGGCGCCCUACCACCAGCAUAUGUUCUCCGUGCGGAUCGACCCCGCCAUUGAUGGCUUCAAGAACACCAUUUACUACGAGGAUAGUGUGCCGCUUCCUGAGGAUGAAAACAAUCCCUACCUUGUCGGGUACACAACGGAGCAGACGGUCAUUCGCAAGUCCGGUAGUGCAAACCUCGACGUAAACCGCCACCGUGUCUUCAAAAUCCGCAAUGACAAUGUCAUCAACCCCAUCACAUACAAGCCAAUCUCAUACAAACUUGUGGCGGUACCCAGCCAGAUGCUCCUCCUGAGUAAGAAUGCAAUUGGUUACCGCCGGGCCGAGUUCGCCAGCAAACCUAUUUGGGUGACCAAGUACCAGGACGAUGAACUAUUCGCCGCUGGCGAGUUUACAAACCAGAGCACGCGUGCCCAUGGCGUUGAAACCUGGGUGCAAAGGAAUGACCCUACGGAGAACGAAGAUGUGGUCCUGUGGCACUCAUUUGGCCUGACGCACAAUCCCCGGAUCGAGGAUUUCCCUGUCAUGCCGAUGGAGAGGAUUAGCCUCAUGUUACGACCAGAUGGCUUCUUCACAAAGAAUCCGGCCCUGGAUGUGCCUCCGUCGACACAGUCUUUCAACAAAUCCACCCUGCACACAGAAGCCGCCAGCGCUGCCUCAUGCUGCUCUAGCGCUGGGGGCAGCAAAGCCAAGCUCUACAAGCGCGUUGAUUAG